UUUUAGAAAGCUUCCUGUCGCUCGAUCGCUUUUAGCAGAGCAAGUCCGCAGCCACCGGUCUUGGAUUAAGUGGAAGAGAACUGACUUCAAAUAACAAUGGAUGGUGAGGAGAAGACCUACGGUGGCUGUGAAGGGCCAGAUGCCAUGUAUGUCAAACUGAUCUCCUCAGAUGGCCAUGAAUUCAUUGUGAAGAGAGAACACGCCCUGACGUCUGGCACUAUCAAAGCUAUGCUGAGCGGUCCAGGCCAGUUUGCUGAAAAUGAAACCAAUGAAGUGAAUUUCCGGGAGAUUCCAUCUCACGUCCUGUCAAAAGUGUGCAUGUACUUCACCUACAAAGUCCGCUACACCAACAGUUCAACAGAAAUCCCAGAGUUCCCCAUCGCUCCGGAGAUAGCGCUUGAGCUGCUGAUGGCUGCAAACUUCUUGGAUUGUUGAGAAUAGCAAUACACAAUAUCACAAGCUUAACAUUUUAGGAUUUAUUCUCCAUUCAUGUUCUUUUUUUGUAUUUAUCUUUUUUGCCCUAGAAAUAGUAGUAUGAUGUUGUUUGCUGUGUAAAUUCUGAAUUAUUUUAUUUUUUAUUGUUUUUCUUCCAUACAAGGUUGCCUGUUCCCCUCUAAUGCUGCAUUACUAUUAUUGCAGUCAAGACUUUUAUUUUGGUAUAAUAAAAUGAUUUGGCUGCCACCUUGUUUGUUGCUGAAUGUCUAGACAUCUGUCUCCUGAAUCUGUCUUAAAAGAGCACAAUUGAUGUGCACAAUGUAACCGCAUUAUCGCAAGCAUUUGUUUUUGUUUAUAAAUAAAUAUUGAUUAUCAAA